CGUUGGCUUCCGGAAAAUCCCUAUCCAACGUGGUAAGUCCUUGGCACAAAGAACAUUCGUUGUCAACUGCUAUAAAUUGUUCGGCUCCUCGUUGAUUUUGCUGCUGAUGCUCAUGCUCAUGCAAAUGCCGAUGAGAUGGCUGCGGUUUCGGGCUUGCUUCUGUGUGCAGAGCUAUCUCUCCUGCAGUGACAAAGUGAUCCCGCGGGUGCAAUGGGCCCAAAACCACAAAGCAGACAAUCAGGAAAGAUGCACCCAGAUGCUUUCGAUUGCAAGCAACCAACAUUUUUCUUCGUGCGCCACAGUUUCUUUCAAUCGCACUGACUUUUGGACUUUUCUUCAGGGGUUUUCAAGAUGGCGAUAAUAGUUUGGAUGUUUAAUAGUGCUGUCCUUAGAGGUACAGAUAUGUACGAUACGGAAGAAGUCUCUCCUCAUUUUUUAUUGCUGAGAACAUGCGAGUUCGUACCGUAGAUGUCAAAGGAUUCAACUACUAGUACAUGUACCCAAAAUCCAAGCUUGCGUGCGGUAUGAUUUUACUUUUACACAUCACAUCAUUCAAAUUCAAAAAAUACAAGAUCAUACAGAUCUGUUACGUAAAUUACAAGAACGUUACUCGCACUCAUACUCGAGUAGAUUUGUACUAUAAAAGAUCCUGAGGCAAUACUGUAACGAUCAAUGAGCUGGGCCGGUGUGUCGUUAUUUUCUCGCCUGAACAUAAAAGCCCCUGCAAAAAAGUACUAAAAUAGGAUACUACAUACAGUACUUGCACUUCGUACUAAGUACGUACUGUAUGAAAGAUUGAUUUACGUCAACCACGACAGAAAAGAAGUCGAGAAGCAAGAUUUACUUCUAGGAACGCGGUGGCUACGAGUACCCUGGUACUCUGCCGGACUACUACUGUUGGUGUGUGACUAACGUACGUCUUACGACUGUACUUAACGGAUUACGGUACCGGUAUAUAAUCAAAUGGAAUUCAAGUACCUACCGUACAGUGCAGGUACUUCGUACUGUAACGUAUGUAAUGUAACGGUUCGAAGUAAAAGUACGGUACAAAACUUCCGUCUGAAACUGAUUCCGUCAUCUGAUCCUGUGUUGAUUCGGACCGUUUUGUCGUCACUGUAACAAAAUUUAAUUAGGUAUUUUUCCUACGCUGACUAUGUGAAGAAUAUAGAACUGUUCUUCAAUCUCAUCACCAAUAAGGCUAUCGGCAUCAAUUCUUCUUCUGUGUUCCUCCACCUCCAAUACCAAUUGCCCUUUCAUUUGAUUGUCAAAGAUCAAAAAACCAUUUCGAUGUUUGCGACACUUUUUACGAGCCGAUUUUGUCACUCCGUGCUCUUUGUCGUCACACGUCAUGUUUUGUCAAGAAAAGGAUUUCCUCCUAUGGUACCGCAUCGAAUACUAUUCAUUAUUCGUUCAUACCUUCGGGCAAUGUUUCUUAGUAAGGACACAGUGAAUCUGCAAGCUGACAUGGCACACCAGAGUUCUAAUGUAUUUUGGAAACAGCAACCACUGCCCAAUAUCAACGCAAUAGAAAACGACGACGACAAGAACAUCGAAAGAGUCAAUUGUAUGGUUCAGAUAUCCGAUCCCGACAGAAGAGAAAUGAUGCCGCCUCCAGAAAAAAAGACACGAAAUCACUCAGCUAGCAGAACGAUGGCGACAGCAAAACUUAAGGUGGGUUCUCACAAGAGGGAUAGAUACAGAUGUCGAGUCGGAGAUCCAAAGGGGCUGCUUUUAUUAUCGUUUCCGUUGAAACUCCACUUAAUCCUUGAAAGUUAUGAAUUCGCCAGGGACAGAAGAAAAGUCAACAAAAGACUGAAGUCGAUCGGUGGAAACUGGAACACCAAACACAACGACACACACGAAACUGCAACUUGCAGGUUUUGCUACAAGAAUAAUGGUGCGUCCGUUAAAAAGGAUGAAAUCAUCAUAGGAUGGCUACCCAGGGGAAAUGCCUUCAAGAUAUAUGACAAGGGAAGGUUUGUCAGCGAGAUAAUGCCGCACUACUUCCUGGGACACGGGAAAAAUGCCUUUUCGUUCGAAACCUUUCUACGGUGUCUCGAUCUAUGGUACGUUUAGUAACCGAUUCUAUCUACUAUUGUACCAGCCGACUCACUACAACUUUUAUGCUCUCUUUCUUUUGGAACACAACCUACGUCGUACACAACAACCAUCACCAAAUAAAUUCAUAACAUUACCAAUCACCCUACCGACGCAUCGACCCUUCCAUUCGUUCAUCGAUUGAUUCCUUCAUUUGUUUGAUGAACAUAGGGGAUUUUCCCACGUUAUGUGUGUGGAGGGCCCAACCACCAGAACGGUCCAUAUUUGUUCCCAUCCAAAUUUUAUCAAGGGAAAUCCGCAGGCGUGCAAUCGCUUGAGACUUCACUCCCAGCACGAGCACGCACCGCCUUGAGUCUAUUUGUUCGCACGCACGCACGUAGUUGUGCAAUGAAACAAAAACAACAAUGAGAUGCACGAGGCACGAAUUAUGUCUAGUUUCCUGGUUUGCUUGUUCGUUGUUGACUCUAUCACUCAAGUGGCGAUAUGUAAAGAACAUGAUGUUAGCUUCCUAUUGGUAAAAGUAAUAGAAUUAAAGACUGUUGUUGUAUCAAAGACCAUUCUCCAGCGAUUGCGUGUUGAUACUACAGCAAUAUACUAACAACGAAGUUCGAAGGUGCUACUGUCUAGCAACUUCACUUAUCGAAAGCCAGCUGCCUCAAGCAAUUCAGUACGACAUGUACCGUACAGGGGGUUGUGAAUUGUGAUGUAUUGCAAUUUAUGAAGCAAUAAGAAUUGAUGUUUCCU